AGAUGAGACUGGGAGUCCAAGUGAGAGAUAUAGAGAAGGAAGGGAAGUAAGCAGGCACAGAAGCUGACAGCCAUCAUAAGUUCAAGCCUUUGACAGCAGGAGGCUGGAACAAAGGAAAAAACUGUCUAAAGCUGUGAUGAGGCUCUUACUGGACCUCCUGCUCCUGGGCCACCUAACAAUGGUCACCUAUGGCCAUCCCAUCCUGGAAGCACCUGAGAGUGUGACAGGGCCUUGGAAAGGGGAUGUAAAUAUUCCAUGCACCUAUGGUCCUCUGCAAGGUUACACUCAAGUCUUGGUAAAGUGGCUGGUACAACGUGACUUGGACCCAGUCACCAUAUUUCUACAUGAUUCCUCUGGAGACCAUAUCCAGCAAGCAAAGUAUCGAGGCCGCCUACAAGUGAGCCACAAGGUUCCGGGAGAUGUGUCCCUCCAACUGAAUACCCUGGAGAUGGAUGACCGGAGCCACUACACAUGUGAAGUCACUUGGCAGACCCCUAAUGGUAACCAAGUGGUGAAAGAUAAGAUCAUUGAGCUCCGCGUCCAGAAAGUCUCUGUUUCCAAGCCCACAGUGACGACCGGCAGUGGCUAUGGCUUCACAGUACCCCAGGGAAUGAGGAUUAGUCUUCAAUGCCAGGCUUGGGGUUCUCCUCCCAUCAGUUACGUUUGGUAUAAGGAACAGACUGUCAAUCAAGAACCCAUCAAAGUAGCAGGGUCGAGUACCUUACUCUUCAAGCAUGCUGUGGUGGCUGACUCCGGCUCCUAUUUCUGUACUGCCAAGGGCCGGGUAGGAUCUGAGCAGCGCAGUGACAUUGUGAAGUUUGUGGUCAAAGACUCUUCCAAGUCACUCAAGACUAAGACUGAGACACCUACAACAAUGCAAUCUCCCUUGAAAGCAACAUCUACAGUGACCUCAUUUUGGAAGUGGACCACUGAAGUGGAUGGCUACUCUGGGGACACCAGUGCUGAACCAGGAAAGGGCCUACCUACCUUUUCCAUCAUUCUCAUCAUUUCCCUAUGCUGUAUGAUGGUCUCCAUCCUGGCUUAUGUAAUGCUCUGCCGGAAGACAUCCCAACAAGAGCACGUCUAUGAAGUGGCCAGGGCACAUUCCAGGGAGGACAGCAAUUCUGGUGAAACCUGGAGAGUGGCUAUUUUCACAAGUGACUGCUCCAGUGAAGAGCCAUCUUCCCAGACUCCGGGCAAUGACUACUCUGACGAUCCCUGCUUGGGCCAGGAGCACCAGAUCAUCGCCCAGAUCAAUGGUGACUAUUCUCGCCUGCUGCACACAGUUCCUCCAGAUUAUGAGCUUUUGACCACCAAAGACAAGAGCACCUGGUAGGCCAUGGUCUGCUGACAUAAUUGCCUAGUCAGCCCCUGAAUUCUGCACAGCCAUCCUCCCUGCUACUUCCAUUCCUGGAUAGCCCAACGGGUCUUUCAUCACUGAAGUUCUAAGAGUGACUGGCUUUGCCCAAGAAGUUAUAUGCACUGCAAGCAAGCCUGCUGCUGGGUCAUGUCUUAGACCCUUUUAUUAUCCCUUCUGCUUCUUCUCUUCAAACACCAGAGGGAAGUUCCGAUAGCACUAAGACGUGGUCAUCAUGCUUCCAGACACCACACAGCUUUGGUCUCUUGCCACCAGAAGACCAGAGGGAAAUGCAGCUUUGCCUGCUCGGGGGAUCGGUUGUGUCCAGGAUCACUUCCCUUUCUUCAGGGCCAGAUACCUUUUUGUGUAACAAGCUAGGGUUAAGUUUUGCUCCUGAGCUGUGAGUCUAGUGCUCUGGUAUUCUUUUGGUGCUCAAUAAAUAUCAAAUCAUGAUAGCAA